UCUCCUGCCGAGCUGGUCAGAGUGGGCCGCCGAGGUGACCCGAAGGUGAUCCCGGGGUGGGCGGGGCGCCCGCGCUCUCGCGAGAUCUCCCCGAGGAGGCGCGGAGCUGGCGAGGAGGACGCGGCGGGCGGCCCUUCCUUGGCUGCUCCGCUUGCCGUCGGCGGAGCCCGCCGAGGCCAGGUCUUCCACUUCCGCCGGCCGCUGCCAGGAGCGGAGCCCGGAGAAGUCGGCGGCCGCCCCGCAACCGCGCGUCCGCCUCCCGCCCUCGCCUUCCCUCGGAGUCCAGCCGGCCGUCCCAGGCCCCGCUCUGCCGAGCCCGCAGCCCACGCCGCGGCCGACAUGAGCUUCUUGUUUGGUAGUCGCUCUUCGAAAACUUUUAAACCAAAGAAGAACAUCCCAGAGGGUUCUCACCAGUAUGAGCUCUUAAAACAUGCAGAAGCCACACUUGGCAGUGGCAACCUGCGGAUGGCCGUCAUGCUUCCUGAGGGAGAGGAUCUGAACGAGUGGGUUGCAGUUAACACUGUGGAUUUUUUCAAUCAAAUCAAUAUGCUUUAUGGAACCAUCACAGACUUCUGUACAGAGGAGAGUUGUCCGGUGAUGUCAGCUGGACCAAAAUAUGAAUAUCAUUGGGCAGAUGGAACAAACAUAAAAAAGCCUAUCAAGUGCUCUGCACCAAAGUAUAUUGAUUACCUGAUGACCUGGGUUCAGGACCAGCUGGAUGAUGAAACGUUAUUCCCAUCAAAAAUUGGUGUUCCAUUCCCGAAGAAUUUCAUGUCCGUGGCAAAAACAAUUCUCAAACGACUCUUUAGAGUUUAUGCUCACAUUUAUCAUCAACAUUUUGACCCUGUGAUCCAGCUUCAGGAGGAAGCACAUCUCAAUACAUCUUUCAAGCACUUUAUUUUUUUUGUUCAGGAGUUCAACCUUAUUGACAGAAGAGAACUUGCACCACUCCAAGAACUGAUUGAAAAACUCACUUCAAAGGACAGAUGAAAGGAUGAAAGCCGUUAAUUCUUCCUCCACUGGAGCUGUGAGGGGUUUAUUUGGGCUUUGUUAUAUUUUGUUUUUAUCUGGAUUGUUUGUGUUUUAGGUUUGGGGGCUUGCUUGGGUUCCCUUUUUUCUUCUGAAUAUAUAAAAUUAUGUUUUGUUUCUAGAGGAAGCCAAGAACCAUUCUCUACCUUUUCUUGAAAGGGGCAAAUUUUAUCUUAGUGGUGUACAGUAUUUUUUUUUUUUUUUUAUAUUUUACUUUUAUUAACCUGGUUUUGGUUACUUGAGGAUUUUUUAUGAUAUUGUACUCUGGACACAAAUACUAACUGAAAUGCCGAUGGGUUGGAUUCUGUGUUGUGUAAAUUGUGGCCCACUUUGAAGUCCCUAAAACAGACUUACGUGUUUUUAAGUGCCUUGAUAGGCUCACUUCUGAAGUGCAAAGCACAGAUAUAGGACUGAGCAGAGCUUGAAACAAUAUUAGAAUUUCUAUCUAGGGCACUUACUUGUGCAUGGUGUAAAGUAAUCUGUUAUAAAAGCCAUAGUUUACUCAAGUUGAUGAUGUCCUGCUUUUACUACAUUGAAAAAACAUAAUUUGUAAAAUUGUGCAUGUAGAACAUAAAUGUAAGACAACAACAAUUAUUUCUUAAUUAUUUUUGACAUAAUUUGUAAAGGUGUGCAUGUAGAACAUAAAUGUGAAACAACAAAAUUCUUAAUUAUUUUUGAUAUUGACUAAUAUAUUCUGUUCAACAGAUGUUUAAAGUUCUACAAGCAGGUCUUUUUCCAUCUCUCAAUAUCUGUGAUAUUAAAAUUUGAGGAUGUUGAAAUGUAAUAGCUAUUGCAUUUCAGCUUCUUUCUACAUGUUAAGUGCACUGUAAGUGUAAAACUUCAGGUUAUUUAUGGAAUUGCCAUCUUGAGAAAGGAUGCUGAACUGUGAGGUUUCCUAGCAGUUGCCAAAUGAGCCAUAAGUGCAGAAUCCCCUUGUACAUCAAAGCGGAGGGAAAAAUGAGAAGGGUUAGUGACAGGCAUUAGUUUGUUUGGGAAAUCAAAAGAGACAGGAUUAAGUAUGGGGAGUCAGAUUCUAGAAAGUCCCGUUUUAAAACCCUGGAAUAGAAUGGUGUUUAUUACUUAUAAACAGUCUUGAAGACUUCCUUUUAGAAGUCAGCUUCCAUGAGAAGUUAAAAAUAAAUACUUAGCUUUAGGUACAGACAUUCAACAUGGAAUUUAAUGACUAUUUGGGGGGAAAUUAAUUACUUUUUAGCAUUUCCAUUCAGUGAAUGGAUCUGAUAUUUGCCUGUCAUUUUAAAUGAUACACUACUUUGAUUAUUGGUGCAGUUUGAAGCAUCCUGACUUAUUUCUCCACUGUGAAAUCAAGUAAUAAAAAUACUAGCUCGGUAGUUAAUAACUUUUAAAUUUCAGUUGACAUGACAUUCUGUUGAAUUGCCAUCAUCAAUUACAAGAUCGGGAAUUUGGUUUUUAGAAUUAAUAUUGAGGUUUCCCCCAUCAGGUUUGUUCUUGAGAAAUACGCUUUUCAGACUCUGAGUUUUAAUUUUGUCAGUUUGGAUAAAUUGUUUCCUUCAAUUCUCAUUCUCUCUCUGUCUCUGUGGUGUGUGUGUGUGUGUGUGUGUGUGUGUGUGUGUGUGUGUGUGUGUGUGUGUGUGUGUGUAGUUAGAGACACAUACCUUUCCUCUAGUAAAAUAGAAAUGCUUGCUGUGAAUUUGUAUGCAUAUACUUAGUGGAAAAGAGGCUAAAACAAAGUAAAUUUGGUUUUGUCAUUAACAAGUGAACAAUGAUAGAAUUGAAUGCCCUUGCAGUUAUGAUCACUAGGAACUGCCUUUUUCUCCAUUUCAUUUCUGUGAUGGCCAUUGCUCACCAAGUACCAAUAAUAAAAGGAACAAAAGAGCUUGGAAAAGGUAGAUAAUACUGGGCAUUUAUUAGUAGUGCUUAUUUAUGAACUGACAGCUAACUGAUUUUCUUAAAAUAAUUUUUUUAGUAUCUAAAUAGGUAAUAUCAAGCAUUAUGAGUUGCUUUAGAAUUCUGAUGUUUGAGUCCUCUCUGUACAGGAAAUGAAGCACAUAAUUACUCACUGAAAGUCUUCCAUAGUGUCUUUGACUUCAUAUCAGCCUAGUAACUAGGGGCUUCCAUAGUGAGAGAAGAGUGAGAGGUUGUUUCUGGUCCUUCAAGCCUUACAUACAGUACGCUGUAAGAAUGGCAAACUGUUCCUAGAAACUAGUGGUUUGUAGUGGAGGGACUUAGCUUCCCACUACCCUAGGUAGGAGUUAUUUUCACUGUGCCAGAAUCUCAGGUGCCACGGUUCCAGGUAGUCCCUCGAUUUGGGGAAAUAAGGAGAUUGUGUGUGUGUGUGUGUGUGUGUGUGUGUGUGUGUGUGUGUGUGUGUGUGUGUGUGUGUAGAAAGAGUAGAAGUUCUUCUGGGGAAAGGCCUGCCAUGUGUACAUGGUGGUAGAUGGCUAUAAGUAAGGAAACACUAGAACAAAAGAGAAAGUCAGUUUAAUAAAAACUUGCUCUGAAAGUAAAAUGCCCUUUUAUAAAAUAAGGAUGAAAGUUUAUUUUUCAGGAGAGCUUGCUUAUACAUGUCUGUUAGAUUCUUUUUAGAUCUGUUAAUUUAUAAAUAAAUAAUUAUCUCCCCUUUCUUUGUUUUUUUUUUGAGACUGGGUCCCUCUAUGUAGCCCUGGCUAGCCUGGAGACCAGGCUAUAUAGACCAGGUUGGUCUCAAACUCAGAGAUCCCUUGCCUCUGCACCCUACAUGCUUGGAUUAAAGGUAUGUACCACCACACCUGGCUACCCCAUUUUUAUACAGUUAUAAAAGUGCAAGUUGUUUUUUCUCAUUCUUUCAUAAGCUCAUCCCAUACAAUUUGAAUGUAGUAUGUUACUAUUAUAUUGUUAUCCACAGUGCUUUGGUUAAAUGUGGACGUGAUGAAAGAAGUUUUAGGACUGAUUUAGUUGUCAGAGCAGUGGUGGUAAAGAGACACCGACUGAAAUGUUUGUCGUUAGUAGUAGGUGGUGCUGCUGGCCGCGUUCAUACUCUGGUUCUUCCAGUUCCCACAGAAGCCAUGCCCUUAGACUGCCCCAGACAGUGAACAUGUGUGUGUGUAUGGGUGGCUUUGGAGCUCUGUGUACCUUGAAAUGAAAGAUUUAGGUGGUUACCGCUUUGUAACUCUUAGUCAUUGUAAAUUGUAAAUGGGUAGCAGAGUCUAUUUUUAAUGUCUAUUUCUGACUUCGUUACUACCUGGAUCAUCAGGAUGGAUGAAGCACUACAGUCCCUUCCCAGAAGAUAGAAAUAUGGAUAUUUAUAUUUUGCAUAUGUAAUUACUAGAUUCCAUUUUAUGUAAUGAGCAUUUUCCUUACGUAUAGGAAAAGUAGUAAAACGGAUUUCUUUUAUAGCUUUGUCUACACCCUCUCUGAGAGAGGUUUUGAAUAACCACUGAAAUGGUAGAUUAUGUGAGCUACAAAUAUUAAGUUGUGGAAGUUCCUUUUAAAAUGAGUAUGUUGUAUGUUAAUUAACAUCCAAAUGAGAGUUGACUUUCAAAGCAGUUCUCUUUGGAGCACUGUUUAUUUCAGCUAGGUUGCAAAGUAUGUUUCUAGAACUUGGUAAUGUGUCAUAGGUGCUUUGAGAAUUGGCUUAUGACUAUGUAAGAAAAAUCAGUUUCAUCUUUUUAGUUGCACAAAAACAGUUUUCGAAGCUUAGUAGAACCCACAUUAAUUACCAAAUCAAAUUCACUAACUUGGCUAUUCUCUGAGUACCAAGCCAGUGUGGUAAUCAAGAGUAUAUUUUAGGCUCUGAAUCUUCAGAGAAGACUGCUACAGACAUUGACUGCAUAUCAGAAUAGAAGAAUAGUUUCCUGAUGUCACUAUUGCAAGUGGGAACCAUCAUUUACAUGUGAAAACAUUUUUUAAAAGAGAUUCAGUUUAAUUGCUUUGCAUUUAAAUAGCAUUUUAAAACUAAGGUCUUUCUCUAGACCUUGAUUUCUGUUUUCCCCUCCCUUUUCCUUAAAACCUUUGAAUUGUGUAAGAUAGUUUUUAUUGAGAGAAUAGUAAGGAAACAUGGAUCCAGUUUUUCAAACAGCAAUUUAAAGAAACAAAGCCUUUACCUCUGUUUCAUUUUAAACAGGUUUUUCUUUCAAUCUGACUUUAAAGACUGGAGAUUGAAAAUUGGAAUAAAUUUUACUAUUAAAUUAUGCCAAGUUUUAGCCUACCUAUCAUGAAUAACAUUUAAAAUCAUGUAAGUAUUCAGCACAUAUCAUUAAAUUCUGAUUGUCCUUUGACUAUAUAAUGGACCAAAAGUUUAUUUGUAAUUUGAAAUGUGAUUGCAUACUAGAUAAACACCUUAUUUUGAAACUUACUUGAUCUGUUAAAGAAUAUACCACUUAUAAACUCAGCUUAGUCUUUAGGACUUUGCCAUAACAUAGAGAUUUGCCACAGGGGCCACUGUUACCAGCAUGGUUACAUGUGAGUGAUAAAUAGAGUAGAGGUCUGUUUCAAGAUUUAAUAGGGAAAGUUCAAUAUUAAACAAGGAACACGCAGCAGGAUUCUGAAUGCAAAUGAUUGGAAUUUUUAAGGUUUUCCUCAGAAGUUAAUCUGUGAGAAUUCAUUUUGAAGGUCUAAGACUGCCAUGCUCUCUAUCUACCACUUAUAGUUGGACUUACUUAUAUUCUGACAAAAGAAAAAAAUACAAACUAAAAUACUUGGUCCUCAGUUUUGUAAAUGUGAUGCAAGUUCCUGGUGCAGGUUUCCCCUCCCCUCCCCUCCCCUCCCCUCCCCUCCCCUCCCCUCCCCUCCCCUCCCCUCCCCUUUUGCACAUAUUGCUACACAGUUCUCAAACAUGCAGUAAGUGAAAUCACUGGCCUCCAUAGAUUUGUGUUUUCCCACUCGGCAUCUGUCGUACGCCCGCUCACAUGCACUCACGGCUGAUUUACAAUUCGUUAGUCAUUCUGAAGUGUUGUCCACACAGGUUUUCUUGUUUGCUGGACAGUCUCUUUAUGUCACCAAAGCUGUAGUUACUGGUGAUGUCAAGUGACGGUUUCCCUCAUAAUUAUUCUUAAAGGUGGAUAGUUCUUGUCGUUUUGCACAAAUUUGCAUUUUUGUUUCUGAAAUAGUUGUAUAGGUUGAAAAAUAUAUCAGUGCAUUUUCAUUUCAGAACACUUCUCCUUAAAUUGUUUUGCAGAAAUGACUAUUUUUAGGGAAAAUACUUUUUUACAGCUACUUAUUUGUUAUUUUUGUAUAUGCAUAACCAGGGUGGUGAAAUCACUAAUAUUUUACGGAACACCUUUGCUCUAUUUGAUUUUUUCCCUAUACAUUUAAGAUAUUACUUAAAAUUAUUAGUAGAAAUAGUGUCAUGAAAACAGCCAAUAAUAAGGAACACUUAAAGUCAGAAUAGAAAUCAUUUCUGAAGACAAAAAUCCGAAAAACUGCCAGUACCAAGUAAUGGAAGCGGAAGGACAGCAUUCGAGUUGUGACUUGCUUAAGAGAUGCGCGGAGACAGGAGUCUGUUCUCAUGAGGGGACAGGUCCUCUAGUCAAGUAGUUAGGUGGAAGAAAAUGGUCUGAAAUAUGAAAUACAACGUGGGCGCCAUAUUGUAAAUUGUGCCAAGAUUAUGCAAAUUGUAGUUACUGAUCAUAGUUUAAUUGCUUCAUUGUUAUUUUAAAGGAAAUACUGAAUGUCAGAAAAUCUGUAAUAUGUUUUAUUUGAGAGAUGUAAAUAAUGUAUACAGUCUUAUAUGUGGUGGAAUGGGAGGUAUUUAAAUUCUAGGUUUUUCUUUUUUGUAAGAAAGAAAAUGUUUAUAAGAAAAAAACCUUAAUAAAUAGUUAUGUUUGGCCACGAA